AGUACAGCCACAUUUGAAGAAAUGCUUUGAGGGUAUCUCACGUCUGGAAUUCACAGACACUUUGGACAUCACCCACAUGAAGAGCAGUGAGGGUGAGAUCGUGGAGCUCCUUGAUGUCAUUUCCACAUCCAAGGCUCGGGGACAGGUGGAAAAAUGGCUACUAGAACUUGAGGCGGACAUGAUUGCUUCCCUCCACAAGACAACUGGUGAGGCUAUCGUGGCCUACACGAAGCAGACACGAUCAGAAUGGGUCAAAAUCUGGGCUGGUCAGUGUGUAUUGGCCGUAACCGCUAUGUACUGGACUACAUACAUCCACGAAGCAUUCAAAAAGGGCGGAAGUGCGCUCAAUGAUUACCUCCAACUAAAUAAUGCACAAAUUGACGAUAUCGUAGCGAUGGUGCGAGGAAAACUGUCCAAACAAAAUCGUGUCACCCUCCAGGCUCUCAUUGUACUGGAUGUCCAUGCACGUGAUGUGCUUACUAUUCUCGUAAAGGACGAGGUGUGUGACGAGAUGGAUUUCGCCUGGCUAAGUCAGCUGCGUUAUUACUGGGAGGAGGAACGUAUGGUCACUCGUAUGAUCAAUUCUAUGCUGAAGUAUGGCUACGAAUACCUCGGCAACACUGGACGUCUUGUCAUUACCCCGCUCACUGACAGAUGUUACAG